GACAAUGAAACCAUGAUAUUACGGUUGGGACUAGAAGGGAUACAGCUAAUCUUAAAGUAACUUGUUUGUGGGAGAGGAUAUAAAAUAGAGAAGGAAAUAUGACAUUCUGAUCCACACUACAUACCAGUCGUUUGCGGUAAUACACCAUUUCGUUGUUUGUAACGUCAACCGCCAAUAAAACCUGUAAAAAAGAAGAAGAAGAGAUACAGCUACAGCAGGAAGUGACAUAUGUCUCGCAAAAUCUAGCCGCGAAUUAUAAACAGUUUUUGUUGAAAUGGCGACCAGUUGUUGUCAACGAUUCACCUCAAAAGAGUGUUUUGAGCUUAAACUUAGGGGAUUCGAGGAGGACACGAUGACAAAGUUCGUGGUUUGGACAAAAGACAAAGCUUUUGGUGUGGACGACCCCAAACCAGGAUCCAAAAAGAUUAUGUGGCAACUCCAAUAUGUUCCUUUUGAUGGGAUACCCUUCAUGGUGUUGGGGAGGAGGGUCUACUCCUGUCACCUAGGGGUAGACAAACACAAACAUGAAAAACAGAAAAGACAACUACAACUGCUUAAUGACCAGUCAGAGCACUGUUAUGAAGAGAGGCGACGUCGUCUUCAAGACUCGAAGAAACUGGACUGCCCAGCCAGAAUAUAUGUGGUUCAUCUAAUCAGAUUCCCUGAUUACAAGAUACCGGAUGACAUCCAUAAACAGAGAAAGGAGAGCUCUGAGCGUCUGAGACGUGCAUUAACAGCAAACCCAUCAGCAGUGAAGUUUGAGGAGCAAUAUGUUGCAUGCUUCCCAGGGAUCGAGGAGCACAAAAACCAUCCUUUGGUAGCAAAGGCAGCUGAGGUCCAUAAGCCAGCGGACACUAGGGUGGAGAAGCACAUAGAGAAGUUGGCACUGGCUGGUGCUAGGAAAGUCAGUGAAGUCAGGAGAAAUGUUCCCAGAGACAGCGGCAUUCCUCAGAAAGUCACCAGCAAUUCUUCCAGUGACAUCAGCAGUCCUCCCAAAGACACCAGCAGUCCUCCCAAUGACACCAGCAUUCCUCACAAAGACACCAGCAAUCCUCCCAAUGACACCAGCAAGACAAAGAAAAUAGAAAAGUGUGGGAGCUUACUUCGUGAAAUUUCAGAUCUCACUUACCAUCUACAGGAUGAGCCAUUUCUGGACUCCUUGACUGUUCGACUGAACGACCUUUUGGAGGAUGUGAAGCGUCAUGCACCUCAUAAUGACACCGUUCCGCUGUCUUACACACCUCCAUCCAAAAAAAUUAGAUACCUCAAAGCCCUCAGCAUGAUCCCCAAAAAACAGCUGACCUCUGGAAGGUUUGGCUGUCAUGCUGAAGCUUCGAAAGCAAACUUCAGUACAGAUGUAAUGUAGUUUUUUGCUUGUUGCAUUGGCUUAAAAUGUUUAUAAUUGUUCUUUGGGUAAUUAUUAAUAUUGUUUGUGUGUGUGCAUGAGUGUUUGAGUAAAAAUAAUGUUUCGUUCUAACAAAUGGUAUUUUUGCACUUUUUUCCGUAUUGUGUAGAUACUGUUAAUUGUGAGUUUAGUCAGCAAUAACAACAUAGGCAGCCUACUUUAAAUUUUAACAGAUUUUGGUUAGGUAGUGGAAGGGUGUUAGCCAUGAGUUUGACACAAGUGCUCAACAACUUUAACAAUUUUAUUAAUGACCACAAAAUAUUUAUAAAACAGGUUGUUCCACUUACCAACGCUGAUUGUCUGAGAUGUUCUCCUCGGCAUCAUGGAAAGAAUUAUAAUGACAGAUUGCCACAGUGUAGGCCUAAUAGUUUGCUAGUUGUCUUCUUCAUUGUCCAUUUCAUUUUUCUUUCUUGCUUCCUGUCCAUCCAGCAAGAUUUUGCAUCACUUCCGGCUGUAGCUGUAUCCCU